CUUCUCGUCAGAUCAUCAGCUCAGACUUAAGAUUGAAUCUCAAAUCAAAUUAGUUGAGUAUUUCCUUCAUUGCUUACCGAACGUGCCGCUACUUUAUCAAGAAUAUGAUAUUACUGAAUUGCCUAGUAAUAUGUCUGUGCAUAUUGUCGUGUGGAGCGCAGGACAAUUUUUUGGAUAAAUUGAUAUCGGAAAUCUUAAAAACCGACGAUGCCGCAUCAUCAUCCAGUCCCAGUCUUAAUCCUUAUCCCGAUCCCCCUCUCCCUCCCAUUUCUGUGGUAAACCCUGAGGAUUCGUCCGGUAACACAGGAUCCGAGAACGAAGGAUCCGGAUCAGCUCGGUACCAGUCCUGUGGCGAUCAAAAGGAGUGUGUUCCCCGUGUUUUGUGUGCGAAUAACGCGAUUAACAACGAUGGCGAAGGUAUCGUUCGAAGGUAUCGUUCGCCAUGCCAAAACUUCUUGGAUUUGUGCUGUCAUAUAUCCAACAAGAGAACAAAUCCAAUUUCAAAGUAGAAAUUCGUUAAAUUGUAUAUAAAUAAUGGUUAAAGUAGGAGUAAAUGGCUUUGAAUUAAAACUUUGCUAUAUUCAGUCUACAGAGUUGGCCAUUCCAUUAACUCGUUUAUCAAAUCAUAUUCAUUCGUUAUGAAAUAAAUUACAAAUUAAAUAAAAUUGUGAUGGGAUAAAACAAGUUAUAUAA